AUGAGGCUACAGAAGUCGGGCCAAGAACGAUCACGGCAAAUGAGUAUUCCAGUUACAAACAACAACAAGAAAAACACUGGAGAAGUCUGCAGCGAAGCUUUUGGAACAGGUCAGACCCAGUCCUGCCUCCAGCUACCCCUCUGCAGCCCUGAGCAUCCGAGAAGCAGGAACCGCCUGGCCCAGGACGUCUUUGAGAACAACGUGGAAACAUGGGACAGCCUCUAUGAGUACAGGCAAAUCCCCUCCCCACUGCAUUGGGGAAAUUGCAAAUUUCAAAUUUGGUUUGGGAAAUUCCAAACCUCAGAAACCCUGAGGUUUGGAAGUGUGAGAGCCCAGGGGGACAAAACUAACCGCAAACCAAAGUGGGAUCCAAGCGAACUGCUGUCCGAAGGGGCAGAAGCAGGCGGAGAGCUAGUGACGGUCUCUAGGACUAGUUGUGCUGCAUGGAUGAAGCAGGGCGAUGCGCUGCUCCAACAGGCCGGGAUCUGGAGGAGCAAACCUCUCCAGGAGGUCCAUCGUCUAAGGUCAGUGGAUAAUUUAUUUGUUGUUGUUCAGGAGUUCAAAGACUAUCAAUUUAAAGAAAACAAGGAAGAUGCUCUAAAGGAUUUGGAAGAUUUGGUUAAAACACUGCCUUGGACCAAUCCGUUGAAAGUUUGGGAGCUGAACAACAGCUUAAAAAAGAAAAAGACAAAACGCAAAAAACAUAAUCUGCAGAGUACUGCAAGCAAAGAGAAGCUGAAUGACGAUGGAGAAGAGGAAGGAGUAGAUCAAAAAGAUGCUAGUAAAGAGGAGGACUGUGCCCAAGACGCUGCAGGGGGAGAACCCGCUAGCGGCCAGGAUACAGACGAGACACAAGGAGUGGCAUCCCGAAAUGGGGAGGAGGAGGAUGAUAAUGAGCAGUCAGAUGGUAAAGACGGAUCGCAGGCGGCUUCUGGGAGUGAGACCACAGCUGGUAAGACAAGUGAAGGAGAGGCGAAGGUGUUGAAGUUCCGUGUUACGUGCAAUAGAGCAGGAGACAAGCACAGUUUCACGUCAAAUGAGGCUGCAAGGGACUUCGGUGGAGCUGUGCAGGAGCACUUCCAGUGGAAAGCUGACAUGACUAACUUUGAUGUAGAGGUUCUCCUGAAUAUUCACAAUAAUGAAGUAGUUGUGGGUAUUGCAUUAACCGAAGAGAGUCUCCACAGAAGAAAUAUUACACAUUUUGGACCCACAACUCUUCGUUCAACUCUCGCUUAUGGCAUGCUUAGACUUUGUGAUCCACAGCCAACAGAUAUCAUAGUUGAUCCCAUGUGUGGUACAGGUGCGAUACCAAUAGAGGGAGCUACAGAAUGGCCUAGCUGCUACCAUAUUGCUGGUGAUAACAACCCACAAGCUGUAAAGAGAGCAGCAAACAACAUCUGUUCUUUACUAAAGAAAAAUGAGAAUAAGGAAAGCAGUACUUCCCUGGGCAUACCCUUAGACAUCAUUCAGUGGGAUAUUUGCAACCUCCCUUUGCGGACUGGUUCUGUGGACAUUAUUGUGACAGACAUGCCAUUUGGAAAGAGGAUAGGGUCGAAGAAGAAGAACUGGGAUCUCUAUCCAGCCUGCCUUAUGGAGAUGGGCCGGAUCUGCACACCGGGGACAGGCAGGGCUGUGCUGCUUACGCAGGACAAGAAAUGCUUUGCCAAGGCCUUGUCACGAAUGGGACACAUCUGGCGCAAAGGUCAGACUGUAUGGGUGAACGUAGGGGGACUUCAUGCUGCAGUGUAUCUUCUGAGACGCACCUGGGAAAGAGCAGAAGAAAAAAGAUCGUUCUGGUAACCUGCGUGGAAGAAGACAAGAGACACCUCCAGAAUUUGUCAAAUAGCAGCCUGGUAAAGCAGACACCUGAGAGCAUAGGUCUGUCAGUUCCUAAGGAAAA